GCAUUCCCACAAUCGUCACAUCUUGCCCACCCAACUAUUAGUGUGUCCGAAGUCCGAAAGUCGCACGAGGACAGAACAAGUUUGUAAAAUGAUAUAGUUGGAUUGCAUAUGCGGCAAUAAUAAUGCUCUGCACAGAUAGCGGCGUUAUAUGAAAUCAAUGAUAUGCACGUUUCUUCCGCCAUGCGUUUCAUUUAUGGCAUCUUGUCUGCAAGCUGUCAAACAGUUACAAGAAACAGUGCUGUGCAAAUAUGAGAAUUAAAAUGCAUCUGUGUACGUUCAUUGUGCUGUUUCUUCAGCUUCUAUCCUGGACUGCUGCGCGGUCUUGUGCCAGACACUGUGGAGAGAAGUUGAACACAUGCUCCUGUCACGCUACAUGUGAAUCUCUGAAGGACUGCUGUGCUGAUUAUAGACACUUUUGCCUUGACAUUGAGCCUCACUCCGGGUCUUUGCUGGGAGGCACAGACUUUAAAAUCCUUAAUGCUACAUUUGAACCGAACAUUACCCUCACUUGCAGGUUCAGCUCAGAGAUCUUGACGGAGGGUUAUGUGGACGAGAGCGGUGCGGGUCACUGUAUUUCUCCUCUGCUCUAUGAGUCCGGAUGGAUCCCGUUUGAAGUGUCCACUGAUGGGCUGAAUUAUGACCGAUCGGGGAAGUGGCUCUCAGUUCAUCACAGUAAACUGGGUCCUGCCUAUAAGAUCAUUCUGGGUAACGCCACUCAGUGGCAGUAUUACGGCACUCCAGGAGUCGGCGGAGAUCUGAAGAUGACAUGGAUUUCAUCUCUAAUAAAAGCAGAGAGAGUCAAUGUUGAGCUGUGGGGUUACAGUGAGACUGGAGAGGCAUAUUCUUCUGACUGGGAGGCGGAGUGGAAAUAUCUGUACAGUGUAGGCAGAGAUGUGCCCAACACUGGCGUUUUCAGUUUCACCCCACAGAUCGCAGAUAACCCAUUCUCCCUCUGGGACCUGGGGAGCAUGAGGAUCAGUCCCAGCACCAAACCUGACGGGGCCCGAGAUGUUAAUGCCCUGUGGAGCGAAGAACAUGCAGUCGCCUGGCAUCUAGAAGAGGCCUUCAGGAAAGACUCUGCAGGCUGGGCUCUAAAGAAGUGUCUUCUUUGGGAUAAAGAAGAGAAAUCAAUGCCCGACUUCUUAACAGAGAUCACCGACUGCCCCUGCACACUGGCCCAGGCCCGCGCUGACACUGGGAGAUUUCAUACUGAUUAUGGCUGUGAUAUUGAGGCUGGAAGUCUCUGUGUUUACCAUCCAGGUGCAGUUCACUGCGUCAGAGCCAUUCAGGGCAGUCCUGAAUAUGGAGCAGGUCAGCAGUGUUGUUACGACAGCACUGGAGCUCAGGUGCUCACGAGGGACUCUAUUGGUGGCAGUACUCCUGAUCGAGGGCAUGACUGGGGGGAUCCACCAUACAAGAAACCCCCCAGAGUUCCUGGAUUCUCCCACUGGAAGUACGAUGUGAUUAGCUUCUACUACUGCUGCCUGUGGUCACACAACUGUGAAUACUACUUCACUCACCGGCCGUCCAGUGACUGCAGGACAUAUCAACCUCCUAGAGCAGCUGCUGUCCUUGGUGACCCACACUUCAUCACAUUUGAUGGUGUUACUUUCACCUUCAAUGGAAAAGGUGAAUACACUCUGGUUCACUCUCCAGCUUUUCAGCUGUCAGUGCAAGGCAGGACUGAACCAAUGAGAUUUGAGAAUGGAUCUUCUGCUCUGGCGACGGGCCAUCACCAAUGAGACUUCACUGUUCACUUACGACACAAACCACCUUCUGAAUGAAUAUUAUUAUGCUCCAAAGCACGAUCCAUCGUUCAUCCCAAACUUCUCCAUGACCGAAGACCCUGAGGAUCCUCUUGUGGAGGCGACGCUGAGGCUGUGUUCAGGAGACGGGGCUGACUUCUGCAAAUAUGACGCCCUGAGCAUGAGGAGUCUGAAGCAAGGCAACGCCACACUGAGGGCCUACAGGAGCCACACAGACACACAGACUGCACUGGAACCUGUUCAGUCCUGCGGUUGGUUGUCUCCACCAAACCACGGUCAGAAAGAAGGAACCCUGUACCUGGAGGGGGCGACGGUCUCAUUUUCAUGCAACAGAGGAUAUGGUCUCUUUGGGUCUCAGAAUCGCACCUGUCAAGCAGACGGGACGUGGUCUGGACAGGACACUCACUGUGUGGCUGAAAACACGCUGGCCAUCGUCUUGGGGAGUGUGGGUGCUGUGCUGGCGUUGGUUGUCAUGGUUAUAGCGAUCAUUGUAUACUCAAAGAAGCAGAAAAAAGAGGCCAUGAAACAUGACCAAAAGGUUACCUAUCAGCAGAACGCAUCUCAUCUGUGAUGGCCGUCAAGUGUACAUACUUGCACAUUUGUAAAUAGAUUUUAUGUACUGU